GCGCCUCUCGCUGAUUGGUAGCCGGGCGGGCCAGUGAGGUGGAGGGGCGGGCGCACAGCAAGGCAGCGGGGAGGCCGCGGCGGCAGCGAGGCGCUGCCAUGAACAGGAUUCGGAUCCACGUUUUGCCGUCGAGCCGGGGCCGCCUGACGCCGGUGCCGCGGGCGCCGGAGCCGCUGGCGUGCGCCUUCAGCCAGCGGCCGUGCUCCCAGCCGCGCCUGGACGGCCAGGACUUCUGCAUCAAGCACAUCCUGGAGGACCGGAGCGCCCCGUUCAAGCAGUGCAGCUACGUCUCCACCAAGAACGGGCGGCGGUGCCCGAACGCUGCGCCCAAACCGGAGAAGAAGGAUGGCGUGUCGUUCUGCGCGGAGCACGCCCGGCGGAACGCGCUGGCGCUCCAGGCUCAGAUGAAGAAGUCCAACCCCGGGCCUGUCAGCGAGACGCUCCUCUGCCAGCUCAGCUCGUACGCCAGACCGGAGCUGGGCGCCCAGAGCGCCGAGAGCAGCCGCAGCGAGGCCAGUCGCAUCCUGGACGAGGACAGCUGGAGCGACGGCGAGCAGGACCCGCUCACGGUGGAGCAGACGUGGCGGGGGGACCCGGACAGCGAGGCCGACAGCAUCGACAGCGACCAGGAGGAUCCAUUGAAGCACGCUGGCGUGUACACGGCUGAGGAGGUGGCUCUGAUCAUGCGCGAGAAGCUGAUCCGCCUGCAGUCUCUGUACAUCGACCAGUUCAAACGGCUCCAGCACCUGCUGAAGGAGAAGAAGCGCCGCUACCUGCACAGCCGCAAGGGAGAGCACGAGGCCAUAGGCAACAGCCUCCUGACGGGCCCCGAGGGGCUGAUGGCCAAGGAACGGGAGAACCUGAAGCGUCUCAAGUGCCUGCGGCGCUACCGGCAGCGUUACGGCGUGGAGGCCCUGCUGCACCGGCAGCUGCGCGAGCGCAGGAUGUUGGUGACCGACGGCGCGGCCCAGCAGGCUCACACCACCCGCUCCAGCCAGCGCUGCUUGGCCUUUGUCAACGACGUCCGGUGCUCCAACCCGUCCCUGCCGAUGACCAGGCACUGCCUCACACAUAUCUGCCAGGACGCCAAUCAGACGCUGUUCAAGCCGUGCCAAGGCUCGGAGGAGGUUCCCUGCAACAAGCCGGUCCCCGUCAGCCUGGCCGAGGAGCCGUGCUGCCCGCUGCACCUCCGCCUGCCCCCGCAGAUGUACGUCCCGGAGCAGGGCCCCCCCGGCCCCGCCGAGCUGGACGCGGCGCCCGCCGAGCUGUACCUGAGCGCGGCCGAGCUGCAGCCCAGCGAGAGCCUGCCGCUGGAGUUCAGCGACGACCUGGACGUGGUGGGCGAUGGCAUGCAGUGUCCCCCGUCCCCCCUGCUCUUCGAUCCAUCCAUCACUCUCGAUCAGUCGCUCCGAGACGUCCCCGAGGCUCCCAUAGACAUCCUGGCGCUGGAGGAGCCGGCGCACCCGGGUGUCCCCACGGCCCCCGCGGAACGUGGCGGCUCCUCUGCCCGCGGCUUCUCCCCGCUCACCGGGCCCGCGGCCGAGCUGCCGGCACAGCAGAGCCACCCGCUGCUGGCAGCGUGCCGGCCGGGGCCCAGGGACGACCGGCACGUGGAGGAAGCAUCUUCAUCUUCAUCCUCCUCCACUCAGGCCUGCGGAGCGGCCGCCAACGGGAGCCUGGAGCCGGCGUCGCUGAGCUGAGGGACACGCGUGGAAACCCGCGGGUGCCACGGUCGCCGCCCAGCACUGACUGAGCUGCUGCUGUGGGGGCUGGAACCCCCAGCGGGGACCCCCCACCCUCCGUGUCCCCGACCCUCCGUCCCCCAGCUCUGCAUGUCCCCACUGUGGGGGGAGAAGCUGCCAAAGGACUCUGGGGGGACACGGGGCAGAGCUGUCACCAGGGCGGUUGUGGGGAGGGGUCAGUGCCCUGUGUGCCACCGGGAGGGCCCUAAGGUGGCUCCGUGAGAAUUUUGGCCCAGGGAGGAGGUUCCCUCCUGUGGGUGCCCCCCACAAUAAAACCAUGGAGGGGGGUGCCAA